AUGAUGUCCAUGAACAGCAAGCAGCCUCACUUUGCCAUGCAUCCCACCCUCCCUGAGCACAAGUACCCGUCGCUGCACUCCAGCUCCGAGGCCAUCCGGCGGGCCUGCCUGCCCACGCCGCCGCUGCAGAGCAACCUCUUCGCCAGCCUGGACGAGACGCUGCUGGCGCGGGCCGAGGCGCUGGCGGCCGUGGACAUCGCGGUGUCCCAGGGCAAGAGCCACCCUUUCAAGCCGGACGCCACGUACCACACGAUGAAUAGUGUGCCCUGCACGUCCACGUCCACCGUGCCACUGGCGCACCACCACCACCACCACCAUCACCACCAGGCGCUCGAGCCCGGCGAUCUGCUGGACCACAUCUCUUCGCCGUCGCUUGCUCUCAUGGCCGGCGCGGGUGGCGCGGGCGCGGCGGGCGGUGGCGCGGCGGCGGUGGUGGGCGCGGCGGGCCUGGCGUCCAUCUGCGACUCGGACACGGACCCGCGCGAGCUCGAGGCGUUCGCCGAGCGCUUCAAGCAGCGGCGCAUCAAGCUGGGUGUGACGCAGGCCGACGUGGGCUCGGCGCUGGCCAACCUCAAGAUCCCAGGCGUGGGCUCGCUCAGCCAGAGCACCAUCUGCAGGUUCGAGUCGCUCACGCUCUCGCACAACAACAUGAUCGCGCUCAAGCCCAUCCUGCAGGCGUGGCUGGAGGAGGCCGAGGGCGCGCAGCGUGAGAAAAUGAACAAGCCCGAGCUCUUCAACGGCGGCGAGAAGAAGCGCAAGCGGACUUCCAUCGCCGCACCGGAGAAGCGCUCCCUCGAGGCCUACUUUGCCGUACAACCCCGGCCCUCGUCGGAGAAGAUCGCCGCCAUCGCCGAGAAACUGGACCUCAAAAAGAACGUGGUGCGGGUGUGGUUUUGCAACCAGAGACAGAAGCAGAAGAGGAUGAAAUUCUCUGCCACUUAUUGA